CAUCUGAGAAAUGGAAAACAUUUAAGGAACUUUUUUUAGAUUCCUUCUCUCCCUCCCCCCCCCCUUCUGUAUAUCUAUAAAAUGUAUGAACGUGUCUAUGCACUACUGAUGCGUCUCGUCACUUUACCCAGUAGCCUUAGUGUAACUCAUUAGUAAGCAGUAGUUGUAAUGGCUUAUUGUCUCAUUGACGCGCGUAACGUCAAGUUUGACGUCGAGCAGCAGGAAACGCUGGCCUCGUGUUUGAUAAUAUCGCAGAUUUCGGUCAGUAGCGAUCGUUCAACGAAGACGUCGACCUCACGUCAUGAUUCGCCAAGCUUCUCUUCGUUUAUUACAAUAAUUAACAUUAUCAUAAAAUUUAUAAUUCCAAAAAGUGUAUUUGUUUCGAUGAAUUCACCGCAGCAUUUCAGUCAAAUUUUAACGUAAAAGGUCACAGAGUGUAAUAAAAAAUUCCAUAUCCUUACAAUUUAAUAAUGAUCGAUAGAAAAAUUAAUAAUAAAUAGGAUUUUGUUGAUUUUAUUAUUGCAUUUAUAGACAUUAAAAACUAUCAAUUUAGUGUGAAUUCGUGAUGUAAAUAGUGAAUUUUGACCAUUUUUUGUGAAGAUUUUAUAGAAAACAAAGUUUUGUGAAACUCUAUUUUCACAAGAAAUCCUUCAGAAGAAGGAGCGAUUUAUUUGAAUUCUUGGUACAAAAUCCGACAUCAUAUUGAGUUUAACUGUGCUGUUUAAGGAGAAAUACGGAACAGCGAGACAUGAAACAUACGGCGGUUUCAUACAACUGGGCGCAACUUUCCGUAUAUAUCCUGACACUCCUUAUUGGCUUCUUCAGGGAACUGUCUUUCGCGUGUAUAAGCCACCCUCGUCGUUCGAUCCGCCCGGCCAACCGCCCGUGGGGAGAGAAAAGCCGCGCGCAUCCGCGCAAUUGAUACUCCCGCACGUGCUCUCUCGCUCGCAGAUUGAUCCCGCGAGUGUGCGUCCCGCGGUUGCUAGCUGUUUGUGUUCCUCACACACAGUGCACUCGCGCCGAGUCAGUAUAAGCGUGUAGGCUCUCUGUGUGGGUCGCGAUUUACCUGUUGUAACACCUGCUGCAUCCUUCAAGGUUCCGCUCUUCCCUUACUCUCACCGCCGUAACGGUAUGCUAAUUACGAUAUUCAUCGCUGUAAAGCUAUGUACAGCUCGUUGAUCAAAAAUUAUCCGACUCACUGGCAUUUUUUCUUAGAAAUAUAUUAGUGGAAAGAGAAAAAUCGGGAAAUGUUGAGUGAAAUUUUUAGUCUUAAAUUUCAUAAAUCCACUGCACGAUUGAUAACUUGCAGAUAUAAAAAAAAAAAUAUACGUUUAUAAGUAUAUUUUGUACUUACAUCUUUUUUUUACAUUUAUUUUAUGUGCGAACGAGAGUAUCAUAGUCGUUAUUAUUCAAGAUAUUUUUCUUUACGUAUCAUUUUUACUUUGUUAAUCGUACUAUUUUAACUGUAUUAAUCAGAUUAUAUUGACUGUAUAUAUGAAUAUUAUAUAUAUAUAUAUAUAUAUAUAUAUAUAUAUAUAUAUAUAUUUUAUAUAUAUAUAUAUUUUUUAUACAUGUAUAUAUUUUUUAUACAUAUAUAUGUACAUGUAUAUAUGUAUACGAUGGUAUAAAAAUUUAACUAGACUUAUGAUGCUUAAUAAUGAGUAAACAACUCACCGGUAAAUGUGGAGCGAGCUUUCGAUCGUACCUACCCGAUUAAACGCAAUACCAAUUUGUGACUGUGUAGUAUAAACCGUGAUCACGUCCCGACAACUCAACCUAAUUAACUGAAACAGCUAACCAGCCGGACAAUUAUAAGCGUAUUCCAUUAUAGAACCGCACGAGGCAGAUACUUUAGGAUCUUAUUAGCUAACAGCUACAAGAAAACCAGGUACGAGAGAGCAAAAGGGGGCGGAAACGACAGAAACGUGCGUACUCGGCAAGGAGGGAUCGCCCCUAGAGUAGCCUAAAUAGAUCGAGGGAUAGAGAUGGGACGAAGGAAGAGGGAUCGUAAGGAGGGAAGAAGGAAGUGGGGAGGUGAACGAGGCUGAAAAUUUGCAGAAGACUGGUGGGAGAUUGUAUCGAAUCCCUCCGAUUAUCCCGUACACGGCACUGUGCCAUCGGACACGUGAUUCUGCGUUUCGCGAAAUGUGCUAUAUGCUGGUACUCAGCGGUGAUCUGUAGUCGGUUCCGCCAGUGUAUCCUUGAAAAUCCCGCUGCGGCAGUUGCAGCUCCGGAAGAGCGUGUCUUCACCCUCAAACAAGUAUUCGCCGAAGAUAUAUCGGGCUGUCGAGACUGCAAUAGACGCUAGGACUCAUCUGAAGAAACAUGUACGGACUAAUCCUGGAAAAUCUGGCCGAAUACAUAAGGCAGGUUUACGGCGAGGACAGAUGGGAGGAGAUCCGUAGGCAGGCGUCAGUGGACCAGCCGAGUUUCAGCGUUCACCAGGUCUAUCCGGAGAAUUUGAUACCAAGGCUAGCGAAGAAAGCGAUUCAGGUGCUCGGUGUGACGGAAAAAGAGUUCUUCGACCAGAUGGGCGUGCACUUUGUAGGAUUCGUCGGCCAGUACGGUUACGAUCGCGUGCUCUCGGUCCUCGGACGUCACGUGAGGGAUUUCCUCAACGGUCUGGACAAUCUUCACGAAUACCUGAAAUUCUCCUAUCCACGAAUGCGAGCGCCUUCGUUUAUCUGCGAGAACGAAACUCGACAAGGUUUAACUCUUCACUACCGAAGCAAACGCCGUGGCUUCGUGUACUAUACGAUGGGUCAGAUAAGGGAAGUCGCACGGCACUUUUAUCACAAGGAGUUGCAGAUUGAGCUGGUGCGCGAGGAGGUGCUAUUCGACACCGUGCACGUGACUUUUCAACUCACCUUUGAUAAUCGAGCCUUCACACUUGCCUCGCUCGCGAUGACCCGUGAAGAGAAGCAUCUACCGAUCGGCGCGUGCGUCCUCUUCGAGAUAUUUCCUUUCUGCAUAGUCUUCGGGUGUGUGCCUAAUAAUCAAAACGACUUAACAUUUUCGGAUAUGGUGGUCAGGAGCAUUGGCAAUUCAUUAAUGGUCAUACUACCAGAUCUUGUGAGCAAGAAGAUCACAUAUUUCUUCGAUCUGGUUAGACCUCUUAUCGCGUUCAAGUUUCAAUCGAUAUUAAACCGAACGAACAAUAUUUUCGAGUUGGUCACGGUCGAGCCAGUGCUUACAGAACGAUUGAAUGAUCGGCACAGAAACGAAAUUCUCUUAAGUGACGAGCUCGAAACUGUAGAAGACAAAACUCUACGGCUAAAAGGUCAAAUGAUAUAUAUGGACAACUGGAAAAUGAUGAUGUACCUUGGCACACCCGUCAUGCCCGAUCUGAACGCUUUGAUAGCGACAGGCCUUUACAUAAAUGAUCUAUCGAUGCACGAUUUCAGUCGAGACCUUAUGCUCGCUGGAACUCAACAGUCCGUAGAACUGAAGCUGGCAUUAGAUCAAGAACAACUCAAAAGUAAAAAGCUGGAGGAAUCAAUGAGGAAAUUGGACGACGAAAUGAAACGUACGGACGAGCUGUUGUACCAAAUGAUUCCCAAACAGGUCGCAGACCGUUUGAGAAACGGUGAAAGUCCGAUAGAUACUUGCGAGAUGUUCGAUAGCGUAUCAAUCUUGUUCUCGGAUGUAGUGACCUUCACCGAGAUUUGCAGCAGAAUUUCACCGAUGGAGGUCGUGUCUAUGCUGAAUGCCAUGUACUCGCUGUUCGACACUUUGACCGAGAGGAACCGAGUGUACAAGGUUGAAACCAUCGGCGAUGCUUACAUGGUAGUGUCUGGUGCGCCAGUAAAAGAAAAUGACCACGCGGAUCGUGUGUGCGAUAUGGCACUCGAUAUGGUUGAAGCGAUAACCGAUCUCAAAGAUCGCUCGACGGGUAAUCACCUACAGAUACGCGUUGGUAUUCACAGCGGUGCGGUUGUGGCCGGUAUUGUCGGCUUGAAGAUGCCACGGUAUUGCCUGUUCGGCGAUUCCGUCAACACCGCGUCCCGCAUGGAAGCGACCAGCCAGGCCAUGCAGAUACACAUAUCCCAAUCCACCCGCGAAUUGUUGUCGCCCAUGUAUAAGGUCAAUGAGCGCGGAGAGAUCGAGGUGAAGGGAAAAGGUACGAUGAAAACCUACUGGUUAGAAAAGCGAGAACGUCGUUCCGUCACGACUAAAGGGAUCACUAUACAGGAGCCAUGUCAGUGGCAUAGGAUUGAGAAAAGAGUUUCCUCGGUGGGCGCGAUAGGUCUUAUAAGUCCGGGCAUGUUCGACAAGCCAAUCUGCAGCGACAUCUUGUCAAGACGUUCGUCAAAGAUAUUGUCUCCGACGCCACCGGGACCUUCAGGAAUCUUUCCCGAGGAGAGAAAGAUAUAUUCUCCCAUCACCUUCCAGGAUGUUGCACGGCGGUCGGUCGCGAACUCACCGACGAAGAACGUGGAAAUUAGAGAAUGUCGAUCGAAUUCUAUGGGCGCGGUGGGUGUCACGAGCGCAUCAGAUAUGUUUAGUUCACUUCUGAAUGACACAGAAGAGCACUUCCGUCAGCAUAGAAACAGUUUGUCUGCACGUUCAGACAAUCAAUCCGCCGCGGUACAUGUGAAACCAGAAGUGAGAAUCAAUCCUAACUCAUCCUCAUCCUCGUCUGUAUCCUCGGAGCAUUGCGAGGACGAGACGAAUCCGUCUCUGGAUUUGCAGAUACCGAAAGAAAACAUCGGCGAUAACAGCGAAUGCGCUGCAUUCAGCAAUUCCCAAUUGCUGAUGCAGCAAGACCAGUGCUGUCCUGGUUUUACUAUGUCAAAAAACAGUAAGAUGCGGUAUCAAGGAAAUGGAUGUAUCAUUUCCUAAUGCGGAAGUUGACGAUUAGUGAUGAUAGGAAUGUCCGGAUAUUGCUGAUUAAGCGCGAAUUAAUACGCAUGCGAGUGUGUAUGUGUGUGUGUGCGUGUAUAUCAAUUUCUAUAAAUAAAUAUGUCGAUGAAGAAUCCUUAAUAUUGUUUACUUAAAAGAUUUGAUAUAAAGUGUAAAACAGUAAAUGUGAAAGAAUGUUUCAUGAAAGGAAAAUAUAGCUUAUCGUGAAGUCCUCCCAAAUAAUGCAAAUUUUCCAUUUAUUUUGAAAAGCUUCAUAGAUAACGAAUAUUUCUGUUAAGAGGCACUACAUUGUGCAUCAGUUUUUAAAAAUUAACUUGCUAAGACAUUUUGUACAUGUAUACACACACACACACACACACACACGAAGAAAAUUAUUAUAUUUACAAACAUGUAUAGUGUCAUAUUUGCUGUAAAUAUCAUCAAACACAUAAUAUACAAUAAUCGUUAAUAUUUGGUUUUCUCACUUUCUAAAUAUAUAUGCUAUAUAUAUAUAUUCUUGCUUAAUUUUACAAAAUUACAUUGUCGAAAUAGUGAUUUAUCUGUUCCAAUGAUAAUUCUUGACAAAUUGAAUUAUUCAAGUCAUGAACUUCGAAUAAAGGAACUGACUGAGUUGCCGCUUUGCCAAUAACAAUUAUGUAAGGAUAGCCUAUUGCACGCGCAAAUACAAAUCGUUUACCGAUUGUGGACUGUGUUUGAUCAUCCAAUAUUGUGUCGAUAUUGCGUUUGUGGAGAAUCUCGAACAGUUGCUCAACAUAGGUAGAGGUAUGUUCUUCUUUACUUCCAGUCUAUAGAUCAAAAUUUGAUAUAACAAUAUAUAUAUAUAUAUAUAUAUAUAUAUAUAUAUAUAUAUAUAUAUAUAUAUAUAUAUUCUUUAACAGAUAUUAAAAUCAUACUUAUUGCAAUUAUCGCGUUAUCACCUUUGGAGGUAUGAUGCAUGCUGUAUAUGGCGCUAACUUCACAGGCCACCUUAUCUCAUCAUUUGUUGAUAAAAUUUCGACAACUAACGCUAAAAUACGGCUUAGUCCUAGGCCGAAACAACCCAUUGCCAUAGGUUGUACUUUAUUAUCCUUUGUAUAAUACACUGCUUUCAAUGGUUGCGAAUACUUUGUAUCUAAUAAAAAUGUAUGUCCUAUCUGCAAUCAUUAUUUUCACACAUUUAAAUGUAUUUCUCUUACUAUAAUCUAUAAUAUAUAGUUUUUAAUAUUAUAAAAACUUCUAUAAUAUAAUUUAUAAAAAAUAUCUGAUUACAAAAUUGUAAUAUUUUAAAAUUCGGUUGCAUUUUUUGUUUUUAUUUCAAAUAAAUUGGAAGAAUAGCAGAUAUAAUCUCUCGAAAAAUUUUUUUUUUAUUUGUUUUACCUCCGCAGAAUUAUGCUUGUGCAAUUCAUUUUUACAUUCGGGACAAGUUGUCUUGGAAAUAAUUCCAUUAAUAAUGUAAUUGCAUGAAGGACAUCGAAGUAUAAUAUCUUCGCCAAUAUCAGAUAUAUAAUGAUAUUCAUGUGAUAAUAAACCUCCGAUUGUCCCAACAUCACCUACGACUAUAUUGAAAGUGGCGUAAACAAAUUAGAUUUUUAAUAACUGUAAUAGCUAGCUAAUAUUCUUUAUAUAAUGUACGUGUAUAAAAUUAACUUGUUAUUUUAUGAUUACACAUAUUUGUGAAUCUUCAUAAACAGUAUAGACCAAUAUAAAAUAAAAAAUUAUAAUUACCUCUUA